CUUGUCAGUGCAUCUAGAACAGUGAGCUAUCUGCACCGGGGCUGCGCGGGGGGGUGAGAGCGAUCCUCACUCUGCCAGCGCGGGCGACCGGAUCUGAACAGACCGGACGAGACUAGAUGCUACGGACUUGCAGGAGCAGGGGGUGGAAUCCAAAGCAGAGGACGCCUGCUUCGUUUUGAGUCAGCUUUCCAGUCGUGGGCCUCUGCCUGCAAACGUCUGAUCUGGAACACUCAUCUGAAGUUCUUUGGACGAGGUUGAGGAAGCUGGCUGAACGCUGUGAAACGAGCGGCUGAGAGGAGGUGAUCGUGAUGGCAGAGCCUCUUCCACUUCUCCUUCUCCUUCUCCUUCUCCUUGGAGGAGUUCUACCGGCGGCACGGGGCUCUAGUUACCUGUCUGGAUAUCGCACGAGGUCUCGCUUGCAAAGGGACCGGCAAAUGCGCAACGUUCGACCAAAUAUCAUCCUCAUCCUGACAGAUGAUCAGGAUAUAGAGCUGGGCUCAAUGCAGGCCAUGAACAAAACCCGCCACAUCAUGGAGAAGGGCGGCACACAUUUCUCCAACGCUUUCUCCACCACGCCGAUGUGCUGCCCGUCCCGUUCCUCCAUCCUGACGGGGAAGUAUGUGCACAACCACCACACCUACACCAACAACGAGAACUGCUCCUCGCCGUCCUGGCAGGCCCACCACGAGCCGCACACCUUUGCCGUGCACCUGAACGGCUCCGGCUACAGGACUGCUUUUUUUGGCAAGUAUCUCAACGAGUACAACGGCUCCUAUGUUCCCCCUGGCUGGAGGGAAUGGGUGGCCCUGGUGAAGAACUCACGCUUCUACAACUACACCCUCUGUCGGAAUGGAGUACGAGAGAAACACAGCAGUCACUAUCCCAAGGACUACCUGACAGACGUCAUCACCAACGACAGCAUCAGCUACUUUCGAAUGUCCAAGAGGAUGUAUCCUAACCGCCCCGUCAUGAUGGUUCUGAGCCAUGUUGCACCGCACGGUCCGGAGGACUCUGCCCCCCAGUACAGCGCUGCCUUCCCCAACGCUUCUCAGCACAUAACUCCAAGCUACAACUACGCUCCCAACCCCGACAAACACUGGAUCCUCCGCUACACGGGGCCCAUGAAACCCGUCCACAUGCAGUUCACUAACAUGCUGCAGCGCAGGAGGAUGCAGACCCUGCUGUCUGUGGAUGACAGCAUGGAGAAGGUGUACAACAUGUUGGUGGAGACAGGUGAAGUGGACAACACCUACAUCAUCUACACGUCAGACCACGGCUACCACAUUGGUCAGUUUGGCCUGGUCAAAGGCAAAUCAAUGCCUUACGACUUCGAUAUCCGUGUUCCCUUCUACGUGCGGGGGCCACAUGUGGAGCAAGGUGCCAUUAACCCACAUAUGGUGCUGAACAUUGAUUUGGCGCCAACGCUGCUGGACAUGGCCGGAGUUGAUAUUCCUGCUGAAAUGGACGGCAAGUCCAUCCUUAGGCUGCUGGACACCGACAAACCAGUCAACAGGUUCCAUUUAAACAGGAAAAGUAAAACUUGGAGAGAUUCCUUCCUUGUGGAGAGAGGAAAGCCUCCUCACAAGAGAGCUGAUGGGAAGGAAAUGGCCCAGGAGGAGAACUUCCUGCCCAAAUACCAGCGAGUGAGGGAGCUGUGCCAGAAGGCAGAGUACCAGACUUCCUGUCAGCAGCCAGGACAGAAGUGGCAGUGUGUGGAGGAGCCCACUGGCAAGCUGAGGCUGUAUAAGUGCAAGGGCGUGACGAGUCUCUAUGCCCCACGGAUGCGGGCUCUGAUGGCCAGCGGCGGCUCCCGGCUGCUUCCUUCAUCCGCAGCCCACGGCUGCAACUGCGCCAAUGUGGGCAUUAAAACAUCAGCCCUGAAGCCAAAGAAGAAGAUGAAGUCUAUCAAGUCUGCAUCCAGGAAGCGUUGGGCCCGCUCCGUGUCAUUUGAGCUCGAUGGAGACUUGUACGCUGUGGACCUGGAGGAGUCCCACCAUCAACCCGCGGGCUUCCAGAACAGCAGCUGGGCACGAGAUAGAAGCGGAGGAUUGGGGCGCGGGGAGGACGAUGAAGAGUUCAGUGGCGUGGGAGUCACAGCCAGGCCCGCUACGAACAUACUCACUCCACCUGCUGCUCUCAAGGUCACAUACAGGUGCUCCAUUCUCAUGAAUGACACAGUGAAAUGUGAUGGUGGCCUUUAUAAGUCCCUGCAGGCAUGGAAAGACCACAAGCUGCAUAUUGAGCAUGAGAUUGAAACCUUGCAGACCAAAAUCAAGAACCUGCGUGAGGUCAAAGGUCACCUGAAAAAGGUGCGUCCAGAGGACUGCCAGUGUAACGCACCCAGUUACCUACUGGAGAGUAAAGAGAAGUUGAUGUUCAGCACUGGCCGUGUGCAUUCCCUCAGAGUGCCGUCAAAGCAGAAGGCGCAGUGGCUGCAGAAGGAGCAGAAGCGUAGGAAGAAGUUGCGUAAAUUCCUCAAAAGGCUCCAGAAUAAUGACACCUGCAGCAUGCCAGGCCUCACCUGCUUUACUCAUGACAAUCAUCACUGGCAGACUGCCCCCUUCUGGACAAUGGGCCCGUUCUGUGCGUGCACCAGUGCCAACAACAACACCUACUGGUGCCUGAGGACCAUCAAUGACACGCACAACUUCCUCUUUUGUGAAUUUGCUACUGGCUUCCUGGAGUAUUUUGACCUCAACACUGACCCGUACCAGCUGAUGAAUGCAGUCAGCAGCCUUGACCGCAAUGCUUUGAAUUCAAUGCAUCAGCAGCUCAUGGAUUUACGUGCUUGCAAGGGACAUAAGCAGUGCAACCCAGAAAAGGGAGGCAAAGAGCGAAACUACUUUAGGGGCAGAUUUGGGAAGGAUGGGUCGGUUAACCUACCCGUCUCCCGCUACCAACCGCAAGACACUCUGAUGGAUCACAACCUGUACUUCAUUAGUCUAGGUUCUGAUUGAUUACAGAGGCACUCACGCUGACAGGAGGCGUAAAGAAACUGCCAAGGAAGCUCGUGAAACUCUGUAAUGAUCAGGUGUUCUUCCUCACACAUUUCAUUCUCAUGUUAACUCCAUUGGCCGAGGCCGUCCACAUGAACGGAGUGCUGUGAUUCAAACGAUGGGACCGUCUGUGUGCGAAGGCUCCUCGGUCUCGAUGCUCUGUAGAUAAUAAGUAUUAGCUUUAAUCAGCUUUCAUCCAUGUGACACUGGACUGGGAGGACGGACAUGUCAACUCUGCUGCUACUCAUUCAUGUCGUUCUGUGGCACAUGCUUAGUCCUAGCAAUGUGACCCACGGUGUGUUUUCAUUGGCCGCACCGAUACUUGUGUACAGAUGUGGACUUGGAAUGAUAUAACUGACCUUUCGCCAUGAUCUUUUGUAUUAUUGUUGAACUUUACUCUAAUGAAUGUCCUCAGUGAACCCGCCUCCUCAAACUAGUGAGAUGUGGGGGGCGUUUAUCAAACUCCACGCAGUGUUAGCCGCACCCUGAAAAGGUACAACGCCAUCGUCCAAAAUAUUUGACCACUGACAGAAUGUGUACAGGCUUUAGUUCAUCCCAUUUUUCUCUUUUUGUAUUGUCAGUACCACUCGGUAGAUGUGUCCAUCGAGCUUGCUAUACCAUGGUGCUACAAGAUAACAAUACAGACACACACACGUGCUGUACACUACAGUUUGGAACUGAAUGUAUGUUGUGCAAUUCACAUAAAUGUUUACAAUAUUUUUAUAACAGCCAAGAGGCGGACCUCACUGUGUGAGUUGAACCACAUGGACUUAUAGAUAGAAGAAUGUAGACUGAUCAGUUCUGAUGCCUGCGAUUUGUACGCAUGUCCUUUGCCUCUUUACAUGGGAAAAGCACUUCAAAGGAUUCACUGUGAAGACAUCAACCUAUAAAGUUCAUGAUGUGCCAGAGGAGCAACACAACUAUGUCAUGUACUUCAUGAUGUGAUUGUAAGCGAUCUACCUUUCCCCCCACCCCCACUUUGUUCAGUUUUGUUUUAGUAGCAGUCAUAGGCCUGAGUGCUGGUAGUCAUUGUGAAUAAAGUGUUGUUUGACCACAAUGUGUCCAGCAGAGGUCGCUGUCUGUCCGCAUUACCUUUACUUCUGUUUUACGGUUUCUUCAAUAUU